AUGGCGGAGUUUGAAAUUUUCAAUCUAGGCGACUUUGGCCUUCAAUCCGGUUUUACGUUGCGAGACGCAUUCAUUGCCUACAAAACAGUCGGUGACGCAAGCAAUCCAGCAAUCGUGUAUCCGACAUGGUACAGCGGGUUGAUCUCGGACAAUGAGUGGCUCAUAGGCGAAGACAAAACAUUGAAUCCAAAGAAAUACUUCAUUAUCAUCCCCGCGCUCUUCGGCAACUCACAAUCCACGAGCCCGUCGAAUACCCCGGAACCUCGCCCAUUUCCUAGUAUUACCAUGUUAGACAAUGUCACGGCGCAGUACCGACUCGUAACGGAGAAAUUAGGAGUGACACACUUGAAAGCGGUCCUUGGCUGGAGCAUGGGGGCAGCUCAAACAUUCCAAUGGAUCACGCAAUACCCUGAUUUCAUGGAUCUUGCGAUCCCUUUUUGUGGAGCUGCAAGAUGUAGCUUGCACAACCAAGUCUUCCUUGAGGGGGUGAAAAGCGCGCUCGUUGCGGCAAAAGGGGCUGUUUCUGGCGGCACCGGCAAGAUUGAGGCGACGGACGUGUCGCAGUACCGCAACUGGACUGCCGAGGAGCGCGAGAUCGGACUGAAGGCGCUUGGAAGGGUGUAUGCAGGUUGGGGAUUCAGCCAGACAUUCUACCGUGAGAAAGUCUAUGAGACUCAUCUUGGUUUCAAAGACCUUGAUAGUUUUAUGGUUGGGUUCUGGGAAGCUAAUAUGAUGACAAUGCUGGGCACAUGGCAAUCCGCAGAUUGCUCCAAACAAGCUCGCUACAAAGGGGAUUUUGAGCUCGCCAUGAAGAGCAUUAAAGCGAAGACUCUCGUAUUGCCAAGUCAAACAGAUUUGUAUUUCCCUCCCGAGGACUCCGAUAUCGAGGUCGCGCACAUGUCUCCAGGAAUUGGAAAACGCAUCGCAUAUCCUUCCAUAUGGGGCCAUUGGGCAGGUGGGCCUGGUGAUAGCAAAGAGGACGUAAAAUGGUUGGAUGGGAAAUUGAAGGUAUUUUUCGAGACUGGGAGCGUCGAGCAUGUAGAAAGCCUAUAG